CUGAUAUCGCAAUCACGUCUGAUCAAACAAGGUGCUGAAGCUCGAGUAUAUUUGCUAUCUUCCUUACUCCCCUCUCCACGAGUCUACUGGCCUUCAGACUCCCAAGCAUCAGACCAAACAUCCUCUUCUCAAACUCUCUCACUACCCAAACAUUCCGACCGGCCUUCACCCUUCGUCAUAUUGAAAUAUCGAUUCCCCAAAACAUAUCGACACCCCAUUCUUGAUGCAUCUCUCACACGAUCACGUCUAGCCGCAGAAGCUCGCGCCUUGACCAGGUGUGCUAAAGCUGGUGUGAAUGUGCCUCAGGUACUUUGGGUAGAUGAAAAGGCCGGUGUGUUAGGAUUGGAGAGGAUCAAGGGGUGGUCAGUAAGGGAGAUAUUGGGUGGAGGAGCGGAAGGGGAGUUGGAAGGUGACGAAGAGGAGGAAUUAGGGAAUGGAGAGGAAGUUUCAGUGUCUGAUCAAAUUGGAGUUGCUCCCGAAUCUCCGACGGAAUGGGAAAAUGAAGGUGCUGAGGCUUUGCGAAAAGCUGGUAUCACCAUCGAGGGAUUGAUGGAGAGUAUAGGAAGAGAGUUGGGAAGAUUACAUGCUUUGGGCACGGUACAUGGAGAUUUGACCACCAGCAAUAUGAUGGUUCGGCUCACCCCUGGGAGAGGGGAACAAUACGAGGUGGUUCUCAUAGAUUUUGGUCUCUCAUCCGGCGGUACAUACGCAGAACACUAUGCAGUAGAUCUCUACGUGCUAGAAAGGGCGUUUCUAUCGACACAUCCUUCCUCUGAGAGUUUAUAUGCCGGUGUCUUGAGAGCCUAUGCUCAAGAACUUGGUCCAAAGAAGUGGAUACCGAUAGAAACCAAGUUGAGAGAUGUCCGACGUCGGGGAAGAAAGCGGGAUAUGACAGGUUGA